AUGAUUGGGGAAAUAUAUUUAAUUAUUUACUACACAUUUAUUUAUCUUUAUUUUUAUAUACUUUUAUCAAUCCUUUCCUAUUCUUCACACAAAUAUUCUCCUUCACUUCUUUCCGUUUUCUACUUAUCCAAGAAAAAAGGCCAUCAACGUAUCGCCAACAACAGAAGCCAGAAUAUACGAGAAGUGGCUAAUACAUUUCCAUUGAUCAAAGCCAAUAUUCUUUUCCUCUUCAGGAGCGGCGCUUCCAUCCCCACUGCAACAUCCACCCUUUGGCGGUUGGUCUGGAGGGGUUUUGGCCUUAUCUUCUUUUGUUGA